UCCUUCUAUUUUUUUGCCCUUUGUUCGCUCUGACUCGGAAUAGUGACACUUCCUUCUCGGCUAGAAUAUUUUUAUCUGGAGCUGUUUGUCAGUUCUUGAGAUGACACCACCGCCAAAUGUCUGUUUCAUUGUCUGGUCCGACCUCUAUGUGUGGAUAUCCACGAGGUUCCGGCAGCGGCUUUGCAGGUCGCGUAGGGCAUGGAGCUGGAAAACUAUGAACAGCCCGUGGUUCUGAGAGAGGACAACCGCCGCAGGCGCCGGAGGAUGAAGCCGCGCAGCGCCGCGGCCAGCCUGUCCUCCAUGGAGCUCAUCCCCAUCGAGUUCGUGCUGCCCACGAGCCAGCGCAACAGCAAGACCCCCGAAACGGCGCUGCUGCACGUGGCUGGCCACGGCAACGUGGAGCAGAUGAAGGCGCAGGUGUGGCUGCGCGCGCUGGAGACCAGCGGAGCAGCGGACUUCUACCACCGGCUGGGGCCGGACCACUUCCUCCUGCUCUACCAGAAGAAGGGGCAGUGGUACGAGAUCUACGACAAGUACCAGGUGGUGCAGACCCUGGACUGCCUGCGCUACUGGAAGGUGCUGCACAGGAGCCCAGGCCAGAUCCACGUGGUGCAACGGCACGCGCCCUCGGAGGACACGGUGGCCUUCCAGCAGCAGCUCACAGCCCUGAUUGGCUAUGACGUCACCGAUGUCAGCAACGUGCACGACGACGAGCUCGAGUUCACACGCCGCCGCCUGGUCACCCCGCGCAUGGCCGAGGUGGCCGGCCGUGACCCCAAGCUCUACGCCAUGCACCCCUGGGUGACGUCCAAGCCCCUGCCGGAGUACCUGUUGAAGAAGAUUACCAACAACUGCAUCUUCAUUGUCAUUCAUCGCAGCACCACCAGCCAGACCAUCAAGGUCUCGGCAGAUGAUACCCCAGGCACCAUCCUCCAGAGCUUCUUCACCAAGAUGGCCAAGAAGAAGUCUCUGAUGGAUAUCCCGGAAAGCCAAAACGAACAGGACUUUGUGCUGCGCGUCUGUGGCCGGGAUGAGUACCUGGUGGGUGAAACGCCCAUCAAAAACUUUCAGUGGGUGAGGCAGUGCCUCAAGAAUGGGGAGGAGAUUCACCUGGUGCUUGACACUCCUCCGGACCCAGCCCUGGACCAGGUGAGGAAAGAAGAGUGGCCACUGGUGGAUGACUGCACGGGAGUCACCGGCUACCAUGAGCAGCUGACCAUCCACGGGAAGGACCAUGAGAGCGUGUUCACCGUGUCCCUGUGGGACUGUGACCGGAAGUUCAGGGUUAAAGUCAGAGGCAUUGAUAUCCCGGUCCUGCCCCGGAACGCUGACCUCACGGUGUUUGUGGAGGCAAACAUCCAGCAUGGGCAGCAAGUCCUUUGCCAAAGGAGAACCAGCCCCAAACCCUUCACGGAGGAGGUGCUCUGGAACGUGUGGCUUGAAUUCAGCAUCAAAAUCAAAGACUUACCCAAAGGGGCUCUUCUGAACCUCCAGAUCUACUGUGGCAAAGCUCCAGCGCUGUCUGGCAAGGCCUCUGCAGACACUCCCAGUUCUGAGUCCAAAGGCAAAGUUCAGCUUCUCUAUUAUGUGAACCUGCUGCUGAUAGACCACCGGUUCCUCCUGCGCCACGGGGAAUACGUGCUCCACAUGUGGCAGUUAUCCGGGAAGGGCGAAGAUCAAGGGAGCUUCAACGCUGACAAGCUCACCUCUGCAACCAACCCGGACAAGGAGAACUCCAUGUCCAUCUCCAUUCUCCUGGACAAUUACUGUCACCCAAUAGCCUUGCCUAAGCAUCGGCCCACCCCUGAUCCCGAAGGGGACCGGGUUCGAGCCGAAAUGCCCAACCAGCUUCGGAAACAACUGGAGGCAAUCAUAGCCACUGACCCACUUAACCCUCUCACAGCAGAAGACAAAGAAUUGCUCUGGCAUUUCAGAUAUGAAAGCCUUAAGCAUCCAAAAGCAUAUCCUAAGCUAUUUAGCUCAGUGAAAUGGGGACAGCAAGAAAUUGUGGCCAAAACUUAUCAGUUGUUAGCCAAAAGGGAGGUAUGGGAUCAAAGUGCAUUGGAUGUUGGGCUAACGAUGCAACUCCUGGACUGCAGCUUUCCAGAUGAAAAUGUAAGAGCCAUUGCGGUCCAGAAACUGGAGAGCUUGGAGGACGAUGACGUUCUGCACUACCUGCUACAGCUGGUCCAGGCUGUGAAGUUUGAACCAUACCAUGACAGUGCCCUUGUCAGAUUUCUGCUGAAGCGUGGCUUAAGAAACAAAAGAAUUGGUCACUUCUUGUUUUGGUUCUUGCGAAGUGAGAUAGCCCAGUCCAGGCACUACCAGCAGAGGUUCGCUGUGAUCCUGGAGGCCUACCUGAGAGGCUGUGGUAUGGCCAUGCUGCACGACUUUACCCAGCAAGUCCAAGUCAUCGAGGUGUUACAGAAAGUCACCAUUGACAUUAAAUCGCUCUCAGCUGAAAAGUAUGACGUCAGUUCUCAAGUUAUAUCGCAACUUAAGCAAAAGCUUGAAAACCUGCAGAAUUUGAAUCUCCCUCAAAGCUUUAGAGUUCCCUAUGAUCCUGGGCUGAAAGCAGGAGCGCUGGUGAUUGAAAAAUGCAAAGUGAUGGCCUCCAAGAAGAAGCCCCUGUGGCUUGAGUUUAAACGUGCCGACCCUACAGCUCUCUCAAAUGAAACCAUUGGAAUUAUCUUUAAACAUGGAGACGAUCUGCGCCAAGACAUGCUUAUUUUACAGAUUCUAAGGAUCAUGGAGUCUAUCUGGGAGACUGAAUCCUUGGAUCUGUGCCUCCUGCCAUAUGGUUGCAUUUCGACUGGGGACAAAAUUGGAAUGAUCGAGAUUGUAAAAGAUGCCACAACAAUUGCCAAAAUUCAGCAAAGCACAGUGGGCAACACGGGAGCAUUUAAGGAUGAAGUCCUGAGUCACUGGCUCAAAGAGAGAUGCCCUCUUGAAGAAAAGUUUCAGGCAGCAGUGGAGAGAUUUGUUUAUUCCUGUGCUGGCUACUGUGUGGCAACCUUUGUUCUCGGAAUAGGCGACAGGCACAAUGAUAAUAUUAUGAUCACAGAGACGGGAAAUCUAUUUCAUAUUGACUUUGGGCACAUUCUUGGGAAUUACAAAAGUUUCCUGGGCAUUAAUAAAGAAAGAGUGCCGUUUGUGCUAACCCCAGACUUCCUGUUUGUGAUGGGAACUUCUGGAAAGAAGACAAGCCUCCACUUCCAGAAAUUUCAGGAUGUCUGUGUGAAGGCUUAUCUAGCCCUUCGGCAUCACACAAACCUACUGAUCAUCCUCUUCUCCAUGAUGCUGAUGACGGGGAUGCCCCAGCUAACAAGCAAAGAAGACAUUGAAUAUAUUCGGGAUGCCCUAACAGUGGGGAAAAAUGAGGAGGAUGCGAAGAAGUAUUUUCUCGAUCAGAUUGAAGUUUGCAGAGACAAAGGAUGGACUGUGCAGUUUAACUGGUUCCUACAUCUUGUUCUUGGCAUCAAACAAGGAGAGAAACAUUCAGCCUAACCCUUUGACUAGAAUUAAAAAGAAGUCGGUGUUCUAAAGCUUUAAGUCAGCGUGGCAAUCAUUGACCUCGGAUUUAAAACGUAAAAGGACAUUAUGAGAGCUGGCACUUCCGCAAUAUAGCUCUUUUCCUAGCUGAACCCUUCACUGGAGAAAACUGUUGGCAUGGCUGUUUCAGUGAUGUUCAGUUCAAGCAUAUUUGCAGAUGUGCUUUUUCUCGUUUGUCUCAGCGAUGUUGGAGAAUAUUCCAAGUUUAUUCCUUAUCGUGCCUGAUGUUUUGACUAUCUUCUUAUUGACUACUUCUGGAAAUUCUAUAGAAUAAUUGGUGAAGAAUUAUUGGUAUAAUAAUCAAUUUUCAUUUGGGUUUGCUCUCAGUUUUGGUUAUCCUUGUGUUCCUCAAGCUCUUUACAGAAAAAGAUGUAAUCGUUGUACCCGAUGUCUCGUUCCUGAAAUGAUGCUCCCAAACGCCCCCUCAGAGACUGCCAGUGUUAGCGACAUGCUAAGAGCCAGAGAGCAGGUCAGUCUUUCCAGUGUCUUCUGUAAUUAGGUUUUUUGCAGUAUACAACUGAGACACACAAACACAACAUGGAAAGUCUGAACCUGAGGGCCCUGGCCCUUCUCAGCUGGUCUGCUUCCAAGGUUGUAAAUAGGAAACACAGAACCAAGACCAUUUGUCUCUGCUCUGCCCACAGAGGGAAUUAUCAAGUACAAUUAUGAUAACCUUCUCCAGCCUAGAAACUUCUGUAACUAAAGGGACCCAUAUUUUCUUCUCUCCCUUUCUCCUUGCCUCCCUUUGCCCUCCAUUGCCACCCUCUCAGACUCCUUAUCCAGAGUUGUGAAAUCUUCAAGAACACCUUUACCCUGGAACUCAAAAAUUACCUGAAAAGGAAUUUCCCCUUUAGGGUUACUAGAACUUUAGGUACUUACUUGUAAAAAUGUUUGGUGCAGUUUUUAAAAAGUAUAUUAUUAAAGGAGAUGUUCUAGAAAAUAUGGAUUCGUUUCCAAAUGCCUUAAUUUUAAAUUUUGGUCUGAGCAGCUUUUUCUUUCUUCUUUAAUGGAAGAAGACACUUGAUAUCUAAAAAGUACUCCAAGUUAGGAAGAACACUACUUGCCUUAUCCAGCUCUGAAUUUAAAGGACUUUUAAACUUCAAUGCAUUCUUCAGAUUUCCUAAAAAUAACUGAAAUGUCUGCUUCAAAAACUAUUUUCAUCUCUUAAAUAUUUUGCUAUUUAUUGGAAGUGUUGUUUAACCUUAGAGAAAGAUGGUUAAAUUAUUUAUAAAAUAUUUUUAAAUUACCUAUAGUUAAUACUUUACAUAGAAAUAACUCUGUUAACAGCGUCUAUGUUUAAGUAUAAUCAGAUAGAAAUAUAUAUUUAAUUUUCAAGUUUUCUAAGUAGAUAGCUGUUUGACUUUGCUAUAGCCCACAACUUUCUUUUUGUGGAUGCGAAAGCUCAGACCGUGCCCUGAGCACCAACCUCAGGUUAUAAUUUACCUAGUUUGGGAUGAGGCCCAGACAGCAUUAUUUUUCUAAGUCCUCUAGGUGAUUCUAAUAUGCAGCCCAGGUUAGAAAGCCCUGCGUGGCCUUUGGAGGUGUAGGUAACACUGUUUUCUUGCCCACUGAGCCUUGCCCUGGCUCAUAAGGUAUCUAGAAAGAAUUCCUCUUCCUUGACAGCUCCUGAUUCUAAAAUCACACUCUAGCCCCCUGUGCAGAGGUCCGUGCCCUGUAAUGAAAUGUUUAUUCCUCUGUGUUAAUGGAGGAUAGACAUUCUUCUGGCAUUUUUGGACCAACUGCUCCCUACCAUUCUUUUGAAAAAGAACAGGAAGAACGAUGCUUUCUAAUUCAGAAAAGGAAGAUGUUUUCAUUAUUCUUAUAAAGAAUAGCCAAGCUCAGACCUUGCACAGAUUUUGCUUUUUGUUGGAAUUGCUGGAAUAAUCAUCUUAGUGACAGAAUUACAGAGGAAUGUAUUUAUAUUUAGCUUAUUGGCACAUGUGCAAACAUAUUUGCUCUUUCGAUGAGCAAGUUCUUUCGUUAUCAUGAAUAUGUGUGUGUGUGUGUAUAUAUAUAUCUCUCGCAUUGGGCUUGAUUCUUCCAUAUUCCAAUGAAGGUGUAAUUUUAACUCUAUCGACUUGCAGUAAACAGAAAUCAUCCUUGUAUGCUUCCUUCCUGCAUCGUUCCCAGUGAAUCACAUGACCCCCAACUUUUAUAUCUUUGAAAAUGUUCUAGAACUAGGGUCAUCUCGCUUGGGAGGAAAUGCUGGAAACUACCCACAACUCUAUCCUCAAUGACAAAUGAAAACAGAGAUCACAAGUCAGAUGAUUCAGGUCAAAGCCCUUUGAUGUGUCUCUGGGACUGGCGACAGGAUUUGCAGAGCCAAGGGCAAAAUGAGAACACGGGGCCUGUCGUUCAGAAAUUAUUAAGAAAUUCAAGAUGGCAACAAAAGAGCAUUAAACCAAGCACCGGGCCCUUCUGGCAUGGGUCACUGCACGGUCACCAGCUCGUGAGGCUGGCACUGUGUGCAUCUGAAUAAUGGCUUUGGUGCUCAGUUUUACAUUUGGAACAUUUCUGUAUGAGCGCAAAGUGCCCAGAUCAAAAUGUUGCCUUUGUUCAAAUUGAAAUACCUCAUCUGAAUGGCUGGACAUUAGGACUUAAAACACAGGCUCAUUGCUUUGGCACUGGAACCAUGGCCACUAAAAGUAAAACAAAGCGGGUAUUUUAGACCUGGUCCCAUAAGACUGCAUUUGACUGGCUUUGGUGAUACUUUGAAAGUAAGAGGAAGUAGAGACAUGGUAGAUAAAAUAUACCAAUUCCUAGAGAGAACUCCUGAAUUUAAAAAAAAUUAACUUUAUUAAAUCUAUCUUUUACAAAAGAUUAAUUAUUUUUUCAAAGUGGUUAGAUGUAGGAAUGCACAGCUUAAUUUGGAGGCUGUUAGUCCUAUAUAAAUGGAAAUUAAUUAUUUUUUGAAAUAAGUCCAAGAAAUAAUUCAGAAAGUAAGUUUUUGGAGCAAAUUCUGGCCUUUAUUUGGUAAGCAAUGCUCUAUUUGCCAUGAUUAUGAAAUAAAUUGUCAAUUAUAUUUUACCAUAUGAAGAAAAGAUAAAAUAAAUUUUGAUUGUCAAAGGUU